AUGUCUUUACCCGAACCUAUACCUUCAAUAUCAACUCCAGUUAUCUCUUCCACCGAUAUGGAAACCGAGUCAAGCAAAAGACCUCGUCGACACACAAUUACUCGACCAGACUCAGCAAUGGCAUUAUUGUCUGAUAUGGAAGAAGAAUUGGACGAUGAAGAACAGCAGCAAACAUUUGAUCGUAUUUCUGGUAUUCUCACUAACCUAAUUCAAGAAGCGAAUGAAGCUGUUCAUGGCAUUGAAAAAGAGCGCGUUCAACUUAUGAAAAGCAGUACAUCAACAAAGAGACCACUUCGAGUAUUCACUUCUUCUACUAUCAUUUCAAGUCCUAAAUAUAACAACGAAAGUAGAAUACCUCGCCCUAGAAAAUCCCGUACUUCUCUUACUCCUUCAUCUAGUCAUCACCGCAAUGGCAGCACUUCUUCAAGUCACUCCACACAGUCCUCAAUAUUUUCUCCCAUUUCUACGAGUACAAGUGCAACCUUACUAUCUCGCUCUCCAUCACCGACGCUGACACACUCUAAAAAACAGAUGUUUCGACAUCAUACAAGGUCGUGUCCAACAACAGCAUCAAUACCUAUGCGUCGAUCCAUUACACCACGAACAAAGAGACAAAUCGUCUCAGAUCCAGUCAUGGAAUCAUUCAAGAGACUCGAUACCUCCAUGGCAUUGGUGGAUUCACUUUCUCGUGACUUGGCUACACCAAAGACAAAAGAGACCAAUAAAAUAAUGGAUUCUAGACUGACAAUUCUAUUACUGGUGCCUUUGUUACAUUUACCACAUUCCUUAAUUACUAUGAUUUUUGACUUCUGUUCCUCUUCAAAUCCUCCAGAUCGAAACGCGUCAACCUUUAGUUUUUCUUGGAUGUUCUUUUGGGCAUGUCUAUUUACUAUCACAAAUCUAAUGGUAGAUCAAAUUACUGUGGCACCUAACUACUUCGCGAAAUUAAGGCGUAUGUCUCUGCCUGGCUCCUAUUCUAAUAAUAAGCCUAAAAAGACAGUUAUUAAUAAACAAACUUGGAUACCAGCAGCACGCCAACUUCACUCUAGUGAAGCAACAAUACCAGUUGCAGUAAGAAGAAACUCCAUAUAA